AUGUGCGACCGGUCUCGGGUACAACAGAACGACCUGUUGCUUCAUGAAGCCGUCAUCAAGAAUGAGCCAGCUGCUGUUAGAGAGGCAUUGCAGAGACCCGCGGAUGUCAACUGUAGAAAUAAUUAUGGGCGGGCACCGAUACACUGGGCGGCAAGUAGAGGCAAUGUGGAGAUAAUCAAAUUACUGAUCGACGCCAACUGCGAUAUUGAGGCUGUUGACAAGUUUGGCAUGCGUCCAUUGUUAAUGGCAGCCUGGCAUGGACACCUGGACGCUGUUCAAGUUCUAGUUCAAGCUGGCGCUUGUCUGGCUGCUACCAAUAAGAAACAGAAUGAUCUUCUGCAAUGCGCGUGCGCUCGUGGUUCAUACGAUGUUGCCAUGUUCGCGAUUUCUAUCGGCGCAAGAGUACAAACCAUCGACGCAACGGGUGACGCGUCCCUAGCGCUUGCUUCACGAGCCGGUUACACCAACGUGGUGGAGCUUUUGUUGGAAAAAGGAGCUUAUAUUGAUGCAAUUAAUAAGGCUGGUCGGACGGCACUUGACCUAGCUUGUGAGGGAGGUCACAGCAGCACUGCCGCUCUCCUGAUAGCAAGGGGAGCCUCGCGCGAGGCUCGUGAUAACUCCGGCAGAACUCCAUUGCAUAUUGCAUCAGUCCAUCGACAUACUGAGCUGGUACAGACUCUAUUGGAAAGCAAAUGUAACGUGGAUGCUGUUGAUAGCAAUGGUGUGACGGCGCUGCAGAUGGCGUGUGCGCAGGGAUGUCGCGGCAUUGUGGAACACCUCCUUGGAUUUGGAGCAGAUGUGCAUUUACAGAAUAACGUGGGAUCAUCAGCGCUGCAAGCUGCGUGCGCGGCCGAUGCGACAGACAUUGUUGAGUUGUUGCUGGCUCGUGGGGCAGAUCCGGCCCUCACUGACCAGUGGUCUCAAUCACCACUAAGCGUUGCAGGCGGCGCUGCCGAGUCACCACCUGAAGGGUUUCGGCGCGCGGCUAGAGGUUCUUUCUCCGCAAUUUUAGGCCUACUGACUGCUACAGCCAACCUUGAUGAUCACCAGGAACAAUCGGACGGAUCAUCAAGCCCUCGAAUUGAAGAGAAGUCUGGAGGUCACUCACCAGCGCCGACCGAGGGUACUAACUUUUUCUUCUAA